CUAUUUCAUUCUCUCUCUCUCUCUCUCUCUCUCUCUCUCCUCUUUCUCUCUCUUGUCUGCAAGAAAACUGCAACCAAACUUCGGCACCUUAUCUGAACCGAGGGGGAGAAAAACAGAAGCCCAACCUCUAUUCAGCUAUGACCGAUAAUAAUCGAGCUAAAUUAGUAUGGCGCAAAAUUCCGGGUCUUGACCCGGAUAAUUCACCAGAACCGGUUCAAUGUCGAACCAAAUUGUUCCCCAACGGUCGCAAUGUCAGAAGGUCCAAUUUCGCGUGUGUAUCGCUUGCGGAGAAACGAGAUGAAAAGGAAUUCUCGCCUUCGUUCGACCAGCUUCUCAAGCACCCAUUGGCUAUGGUUGCAUUGCUUCCUAAAGACGCCGCGCUCUUCGCCGCCGGCGCAAUUGCCGGCGCCUCCGCCAAAACCGUCACCGCGCCGCUCGACCGAAUUAAGCUUCUGUUGCAGACUCAUGGACUUAGAGCUGGACAAGAAGGCGCAAAGAAGGCAAUAGGAUUUGCAGAGGCUUUCACGUUGAUCGGGAAGGAAGAAGGAUUAAAAGGGUACUGGAAAGGGAAUCUCCCUCAGGUGAUACGGAUCAUUCCUUACAGUGCCGUACAGCUUUUCGCCUAUGAAACAUACAAGAAACUUUUUCGAGGGAAAGAUGGUGAGCUCUCUGUAAUUGGAAGAUUAGCAGCAGGUGCAUGUGCUGGCAUGACUUCUACUUUUGUUACCUAUCCGCUCGAUGUCCUUCGAUUGAGGUUGGCUGUUGAACCUGGAUACAAAACAAUGUCAGAGGUUGCUAUAAACAUGAUGAGAGAGGAAGGAUUUGCGUCAUUUUAUAAUGGUCUAGGACCUUCUCUUAUCGGAAUCGCGCCUUACAUUGCAGUGAAUUUUUGCGUGUUUGACUUGGUGAAGAAGUCUUUGCCUGAAAAAUACCAGAAGAAAACCGAAUCGUCUCUGGUAACAGCACUUGUUUCAGCCUCGGUAGCCACACUCAUGUGCUAUCCUUUGGACACAGUUCGGCGACAAAUGCAAAUGAGGGGCACUCCUUACGUAACAAUUUUGGAUGCCUUUCCUGGCAUUGUGGCUCGUGAUGGUUUAGUUGGACUUUACAGAGGUUUCCUUCCCAAUGCAUUAAAAACGCUACCAAAUAGCAGCAUAAGGCUUACUACAUUCGACACAGUGAAGCGUCUAAUUGCAGCAGCAGAAAAAGAAUUUGAAAGCAUCACAGAGGGGAAUCGCAAGAAACAAGAGCAAAGCUCUAGCGACAACGGUAUCUAGUUUUUAGUCUCCCUCGACAUAUUUAUUUUGUAGGAACUAGAAAAAUAUGUCUGAAUGAAAAACAGGUAUUUGAAAUGUGAGAUUUAGCUUCGGGUAAUCGGAUUAUACUCCGGGCUCUAUUUUUUCGUGAUACAAUCAGCUGUAGUGUCUAAAACAACUAUUGAGAUGAUGUUAGUUUUCUGGUAUUGUAUUUCACCUAUAUGUCUUUGUAAUAUUUUCAAAUAGGUUUUUAUCGUCUUAAAUUGAAUAAUGGAAAAGCAUUAUCCGAUAUGCUUAUUUGUUCGUUGAGCU